AUGAACACACUUGUCUCACCUCCGCGGAACGGCAACCGCCUCCCGCAGCCUGUUCAGGCUCACGAUGGGCGAGGCGCCCUGCCUCGCCGCUUCACUACGGAUUCGGGGCGUGUACCAACAUUGUCUUCAAUCACCGGUCAGCGCGGCCCUGACCUUGGUGGCCCUGAUUAUAACAACACUUUCCACAAAGUUCAAUUGAUCGAGAAGAAGAAGAUCGAAUAUGAGAGACUGCGCGAGCAGAGGCGUCGUUUCGAGAUGGAGAUGCAGAAGCUGGAGCAAGCGCAGCGCCGCGAGGAGAUGGAGCUAGCGAAGAUGCAAGACGACCUCCGCCAUGGCCAUCAGUCGGAGCCCACGACGCCUCCCGAAUACCACGAAUCGUCCGGCUUCCCCACGAUGUUCUCGCGUCCCAACCGCUACUCGACUUCGAGCUUGACCUCGCCUCCUGGCCUCUUCAACCGCCCCGGGCGCUCGGGCUCGCAGCUCACUUCGCCGCACUCCACGGUGAUGCAGUCCCGCUUCACCUUUGACGACCAUCUGCCUUCCCGGUCUGUGCCUGGAUCUCGCAGAAACAGCGAUGAGGACGAGAAGGAGGAGGCUGUUCGCCAAGAUCCGACUAGUCAUCGAUCUUCCAACGCGUGA